AUGAAAGCUGCGUCGAGCGGCUCUGCCAGAAAGAAAAACAUCUGCCAGCCGUGCAGUUGGUGCAGUCAGAUCUGUUUUUCACAAACAAAGUGCUUCCUCUGUAACGACCUGCAUUGUCAGUCACACUUGGCUUGGAGAGAACCAGCACUUCACCGCUGAAGGGUUUGUUUUGGAAACCUGAAACUGAAGCUGAGAGGCAGCCUGCACCUUAAACAUGCUUGUGGAUAUUCUGCAUAAAUCAGAAGUCUUGACGGGGUGGGCCGUCCUCCGCUCCUCAGCCACCUCAGGGCACUCUGCAAGCGCUCGCCCUGUCAGAGGAAGAGGUUAACCCUUAGUAACUCUACCCUGCAUUGUCACUGAUAUCAGCAGCAGAUCCACGCUUCCCCUUUCUGUGAACACAGUGAGUGAGAGAAUGGCAGAGUUAGAGCAAUCAAGCUACUUUUUAACAUUCCUUUAAACUCUCAGGGAUUUUUUUUCUUUCCUGGACUGUUUGGAUCUGUAAAGACCUCUGGCAUAAACUUUGUCACAUGUGGGAUUAUUUUGGUUGUUAAACCACAACUACUGAAGAGGCAAGACUAACUCAACAAAUUUCUCAGAGCAGCAAAGUCUGCAGCUGCAUUUCUUCGUUUUCCUCCUGGAGAAACCUUGGUGUCCUUGCUGGGGCAUGCCUGACGCUGCUUCGGGUGAACUCUGCAGCAUUCCUCCUUGCAGGUUUCCCUGCAUUCUCAGAAGAUAAAAAUGAUUCCUGUACAUUUUCCGUGGGAUUCUUUCAGUUUUGUUUUAACCUCUGAUCUAAACGACUUCUUCUUUUUUUAUUUUUUUAUAACAACGAGCCUUGUGGGAUGAAUCCAGAAACACCAGUCUAUGCCUUGGUGUCCAUACCUUGGAUUUAGCGCAGGACAAGUGUCCAAUCAGAACUUCUUUUGAAAAUGAACAAAGAGGUUCGAGUGGCAAAGUUGGGGCUGCCAAGUAGCUACAGAGCCGGUCGGAGACACUCGUGCUUGGGUUUUGAUGUGGAGAAUGGCCUGUCGGUGGGUCGCAGUCCACUGGACUCUCAGACGAGCCCGGGAUCCGGUCUGGUACUUCAGGGCAACUUCCCUCACAGUCAGCGCCGGGAGUCUUUCCUCUACCGCUCCGACUCAGACUUCGACCUGUCGCCCAAAAAUAUGUCUCGCAACUCGUCCACUGCCAGCGACUUGGAGGAAGGAUUGAAGCAUUGGGAAGUUAAUUGGCUACCUCGGCAUGGAGAAGACAUGAUAGUGACUCCAUUUGCACAGGUUCUGGCCAGUCUGCGAACAGUAAGAAGUAACGUCGCUGCUCUGACGCAUCUCCAAGAUCGUGUCGUGAACAAACGACCAUCGAGCGCCAGUCAGCCGCCGCUGUGCAAACCGUGUCUCUCAGAAGAGCCCUAUCAGAAGCUCACGAUGGAGACUCUGGAAGAGCUGGACUGGUGUCUGGACCAGCUGGAGACGCUGCAGACGAGACACUCAGUCAGCGAAAUGGCGUCCAAUAAGUUUAAGAGGAUGCUAAACCGUGAGCUGACGCAGCUAUCAGAGACGAGUCGCUCAGGGAACCAGGUGUCAGAGUACAUCGCCAACACUUUCCUGGAGAAGCAACAUGACUUGGAGAUCCUGUCUCCGCCUGCUAAGGAGAAGGAGAAGAAAAAAAGGCCGAUGUCACAGAUUAGCGGUGUGAAAAAGGCCACACAAAGCCCAAGCUUAGCGCCUGCUUGCAUCCCUCGCUUUGGAGUCAACACACCGCACGAGAGCAUGUUGGCAAAGGAAAUUGAGGACCUUAAUCGAUGGGGUAUGGAUAUUUUCAAACUAGCAGAAUAUUCAGGAAAUCGCCCUCUGACGGUGAUGAUGUACUCCAUUUUCCAGGAGCGAGAUCUUCUGAAAACCUUCAAGGUGCCAAUUGACACUUUCCUCACCUUCAUGAUGACUUUAGAGGACCACUACCAUGCGGACGUAGCUUAUCAUAACAACAUCCACGCUGCUGAUGUGGUGCAAUCCACCCAUGUUCUCCUGUCCACUCCUGCUUUAGAGGCGGUGUUUACAGACCUAGAGAUCAUGGCCGCUCUUUUUGCAAGCGCCAUCCAUGACGUCGACCACCCAGGCGUCACCAACCAGUUCCUCAUAAACACAAGUUCUGAAUUGGCACUAAUGUACAACGAUUCGUCUGUGCUGGAGAACCAUCACCUCGCUGUUGGCUUCAAGCUGCUGCAAGAGGAAAACUGUGACAUCUUCCAGAACCUCGGCAAGAAACAGAAAGACUCACUCCGGAAGAUGGUGAUUGACAUGGUGCUGGCCACAGAUAUGUCCAAACACAUGAACUUCUUGGCAGACAUGAAGACGAUGGUGGAGACCAAGAAAGUGACGAGUUUGGGAGUCCUGCUGCUAGACAAUUAUUCUGACCGCAUCCAGGUUUUACAGAACAUGGUCCACUGUGCUGACUUAAGUAACCCAACCAAACCACUGGAGCUGUAUCGGAAAUGGACGGACCGCAUCAUGGUGGAGUUCUUCACGCAGGGAGACCGAGAGCGGGACAAGGGGAUGGAGAUCAGUCCUAUGUGCGACAAACACAAUGCCUCCAUAGAGAAGAGCCAAGUGGGGUUCAUCGACUACAUCGUUCACCCGCUGUGGGAGACCUGGGCCGACCUGGUGCACCCUGACGCCCAGGACAUUCUGGAUACGCUUGAAGACAACAGGGAGUGGUACCAGAGCAUGAUCCCCCGCAGCCCCUCGCCGACGAGCCCGGACGAGCCUCACGCUGAGGUGGGACCUGCAGCUGGCACUCCAGGGUCAGGAGGAGCCUUCCCUUCAUCGGGAGGAGACAAAUUCCAGUUUGAACUCACCUUGGAGGAGGAGGAGGAGGACGAAGAGGAGGCGGCGUCUGACCUCGAGAGCCCCUUAGAGGAGGAGUCUCAGACCAGUGGAGAUCGGAGACACGAUUCGUCCUCACCGUCCCUGUCUCCAGACCCCCGCAGCGGCGGCGGCAGCAACAGGUACCGUCCUCCCUCCCCUCACCCGUCUCGGACCCUGAGUCUCGCCUCCAUGUCAGUGCGGAGCCCCCACCCUCACAGGACGCUGGGCUCCCCGGGGCCGGAGGCUUCUGACAGGAACAGAGAGCUGAGCCAGGAGGGCGACGGCGUGGCCUGCCUGCCGAUGGGAACGUAAUGACAAGCAGGAGCCGCCCUGCCGCAGAGACAUGAGUGCUGGAGGCUGGAGGCGUCGGCAGGGCGAGCCUUCGCCAAUAAUGUCUGUAAAAUCACCACAGUCCCUUUACACUGGAGACACCUUCUCUGGAGAGCAGAGGAACAACUCGCCUCUGUGCUUUUCUUUCUUUUCCAGCAAGAUGAAAUGUUUUAUCCUCUGUCUGAGUGCCUGAUAGGCCUUCCUGGUUUCCUGCAGCUUCAGCUGAUGAAUAAUUGCUGCAUUUAAACUGGGAAGAGUGGAAUUAAGGCUUGUACUUACACAAAAGGUAACAAAACCUAAAAGGAAACGUCUUCCUCCAAAAUAACUGUGACAUCCGAGCAUGAGCGGCGAAUGAGGACUACAGUGGUGUGACAGGGUUUUGGAAAUGAUUUUGCACCAUCGUUUUAAUUUAGGAUUUAGGAUAAUUAAGUUGGAAUAGGUGAGUAUGAUUUAUUUCUUUAAGAAUGGCGUGUGAAAUGAGUCAGUUAACCAAAUACGGGAUGUAGAUGAGAAACUCGACGGACCUAAACCUCAGGGUAUGAAGUGAAGCAUAAACCUAAUGUAGCACAGGUGUACUAAACCCCUCAACCCAACCCCAAACCGUCUUUCCUGUUUGUCCCAUUGAGAAAUGAGACUUUGUCUAAAAUGUCUGUCUUUACAUUUAUUUAAAUCCCUUUAAUAGAGAAUUUGGCAGAUGAAGCAAUCAGAUAUUCAAACCAGCUUGUAGCACCAUGGGAACCGAACACUUUAGACUGAACCCCGGUCUCACCUGUUGCAAAGACACCAAUGUAUAUUUAGUUUGAGCUUUAUUCUAUUUUUUACCUUAUAUUUUAAAUUGUUUAUGUUUUAAUUUCUGUACUGUUCCUCAUUGUAUGUUUGCUGGUCUUGUGUGUUUUUGUGCUGAAGAAAAGCAUUUUUUAAUCAGGGUGCCUCCAGUCCGCAGUAGCACUUUACCGUCUUUACCGUUCUGCUCUAGUAUUUAGUCACACAAAGGGCUUCACCCACUGUAGGCCUACUGAUCACAAAAAAAGAAACUGUACAGGACAUUGGACUACAGCUCUCAGAAGGCAGAGCAGGCCACAAAACUUAACAUCUUAUGGACGAGCAUGAACGAUCCCGGGUCUCCAGCAGCUUCUAAAGCUACAAGUUGAAGGUUUCUGUUGUUUUAAUGAAAAUUAAAAUGAUUGUGUAAACCUUCUCACUAUUAAAUGAAAGUACAAUUUGCUAUAAAUCUGAGUUCAUACAAAGAAAACUCUGGGUCUCCUUACAUCGAGGUACACAGGGUUCCUACACAGGCUUGAAAUAAAUAAAUUUUAAGAUACGUUUUGAAAAGGAACAUUGAUUUUAGAACAAAAAUACACCUUUAAGUCUUCAAGAGAUUAUAAAUGGCUUGUUCUCCCUUAAUUGGAAGAUUAAAUAGUGCAAAAAAAAUUUUUUCCUCUUCGUUAAAUGCAUCAAAAUUAGGAACACUCACCAUUUUUUAUUCUAUAAAUGCAUCAGGCAACCAUGUAUUUUAGGUUUAUUUUGUCUACAGGACCCUUUUCCAGAAACCGAGCUGGUUUUUAUUUACUCUUCAAGAAAAAAAAACAACUCAAAAAUGUUCUGGCAGAAACAUAGCAGUUAUAGAUAACUCUUCUAACUCUUCUAGAUAACUCUGUUUACAAAGUUGUUAAAACUGUCACGAUGUCCUGACAGUAGAAAAUUAUACAAUUUGUGAAAUUAGCUCCGACUGCCACUUAAAGAAAAGCACCAUUCCCCUUCAGAAACAACCAGUCAGAACCAGGAGGAGGGUCUUAGCGGUGUCAAUCAUGCUCACACCCACACCCUUCACCCAUUUAGGCCAUUUAGGCCAUUCAGACUCACAAUUUCUGGUGUGCUGCAGCUGUGCUUAUGGCAGAGAAACAACCUAACUAAAAAGAAAAACUAAACCUAUUGAGUUUUUCUCAGAACUUCCUACUGCAGCUUUAAAUGACUCAUAUUAUGCACUCAACAUCCCUCAAGGAUUAAUUCUACCUUCAAAGUAAUUUAUUCAAUAUUUAAACCAGGAAUGUUACAGAAUUUAUCAAUGUUUUUGCUCCUCAAUAGAAAAUAAAACAAGCACAGCUGACAUGUGUAAAUGCAUUCAGAUUAAAAAAAUUUAAAAAAUAAUUAUUUUUUUAAAAUAUAAAUAUUAAAUUGUAGAAUUUGCUCUUACGUUUGUCUAGAUGCAAAAAGCUUCACACUGGCCUUUUUCUGCUCCACAAGUGAAUCAGAUGUUUCUUGAAAUGUGAAAAAAAAAAAAGAUAAUAAACACAUUUAGACCAGAGUUUUGUAUUAAAAUUCCCAGGAUAUGUUAAAAAUACCUGCAGAAAUUUAAGUAACAUAUAAAACUGAAAACAUGUGUAGCAACCCUGUGUAUAGCGACAAACUGUUUGCCUUUAAAACCGCAGCAUGCCCUCCUCUUCAGGCUGUUGCAUCCAGAGCGUCACUGCGGCUGGUCUUUGGUUGUGGUUGAGUCGGUUAAGCUCACACACUGCCCACUCUGUGCCUCUGAAGUUGAAUGAAGUGUGUUUGGUUUGGUAAUAGCAGCUUUCUUUAUUCAUAAAAAUCCCACUGAAGAAAUCAAAACCUCAGUUAACCAGCGACAACUGUUGGUUCCCCGUUGCAUUAAAAAAGAACACAAAAUCCGCACCAAUGUAAACUUAUGAACUUCUUGUGGUUUUCUGUUUGUUGUUAUUUUUAUUAUUUAAGAGAUCCAGUUGUCGAAAUAACUGAAAAAGAUACAAAAAAGAACAUGUAAGUAGUUUGUCAUGAGUUUUACACCUGCAAAGGAUUUAUGGUAAAGUUAAUACAUUUUCAGAUUAAUCUAUUAUGUAUUUUAUCUAUUAUGUAUCAUCAGUGUGGCUUUUUAAAAUGGUCAUAAAAAACAAAAUGUUACACUAAGUCUGUGUGUCAAACACUAACAGAUAAGGAGAAAUAUUGGAGCAGUAUUUAUACAACCACAUACUUUAUCUUUUCUUUUUAAAUUAAAUGUUAUAUUUUUAUUUCAUGUUUUUUAUAACUCUUCACUUUUUGUUUUUGGUUAAGUAGCUGUACAUCAUUUCAGUAUAAUGAACAAAUACUAUGAAUCAACAGACAGGAUCUUAAUCCAGCAUGUAGUUAUUGUCUUUUUUACCACAUAACACAGUAUAGAGAAAACCGUACAUUUCUUUAAUUAUUACACAGACGUUGUUUGUUGCAGAUCUAUUGGUGUAUAUUUGUUAGACUUUUAUUUUGAGAGUUUAUAAUUAGCUUUAACAUAACUUCCAUACAGGUGUGAAACCAUAAGUAACAAAUUAUAGAAAUUAGAAGCAAAUUAGUUUUGUUCUUUAUUCAAGUUUUGUUUUCAUUAUUUGGGAAUCUGACUGGCUUUGGCUUUGAAAUUAUAAUUUCUGAAACAAACAAGAAACUAUAACUAAAAACUACAAGUAAACAAACCCUGGUUGGUGGAGGUUGUCCUUACGAUCCACAGUUACAUCUGUUUUUUCAAUAACAAUGCUGAUUGUCUGACUUGGAUCCAGAAUGCAUUGAACUCGGAUGUGACGCCAUUCCUAGAUCCCAUCUUCAAACUCCAAACUCAGCAAGAUUUUAGGAAUGUUUUUGAAGGAAAAUAUUCGUUUUUAAUUAACUGACCUCUUGAAACCUUUUAAAAAAUACUGUGCUCUACCUGAAUGAUGCCAAGGUCAAGUGAAGCGAUGAAAAUUUCUGAGAUGGAGAAUCGAUUGAACAGAUGGGAUUUAAUUGGGUCAUUAAUAUUCAUAUUUUGAUCACAUGAUUUAUUUACAGACACAAUGUUGUCAACUAAAGAUUAUCCAAAUGCAACAAUACAUUAGUACCAAAAUUUGAAAAAUAAAGUUGGUACUCACUUUUGGAUUCAUGCUAAACCAAAACAGAAAAGUAAUAAAGGAGUGGAAACACCCAAACCAAACCAAACCAAACCAAACCACACCUCAAACAUCAGCCACAGGUUAAAGUUUGCUGUCUAACUUUAAGCAUUUUAUCUUUUCUCACAUUACAAAUAAAGAUGUCAUGAACAACAGAAGAAUGCUUUCCUCCCGCCGUGCCAACAGGGGCUGCUGUAGAGCUCAGACCUGCAACACCAGUUCAAGAAGGUUGGGACUUUGUGUAAAAUAAAAACUGCAUAAAAUAUGUUAAAAACCCAUAUUUUACUUACAAUGGAGUGAAUCUCCCUUUUAAAUUUAUAAACAUUUUUUAAAUUUCUGAUUUGAGACCGGAGGACAGUUUUCUUCAGAUUUUGGGAAUCUUUUAAUUAUUUGAUGAAUGAUUAAAAGAUUAUAUGAUGAUAUAAUAGAUAACAUGAUGUUCCGUCUUCCCAGUUCUGCACUGGGGAACAUUUUUCUGAAAUUUUUUCCACCAUUGUACAAUUCAGCUUAUUUUUAUACCCAAUUUUAUUCCUGAUCGACUGACAAAUCUUAGCAACUGCAAAAUGCUCCUCCAGCAGCUUAUUGUUUAAAACCUCUUACCUCUGCAAUAUUUUUUUAUUAUGUCCUUUUUUGAGAUACCACCAUAUUUAAUUUUUUUUCCUCUAGAGGUUUUUUGACUUCUUAAUUUUCACUUUUAUGUUUACAAUUUUUUGUGAAUGCAGGUGCAUCUCAUCAAUCAUUACGGUAAUUUUUGAAAGUGAAAACUUAUAUGGAUUCAUUACACAAUGAGUGUUAUAUUCUUGGCAUUUAUUUGUCUUAGGUUAGUUAAUCAUAACUACUAGAUAAUAACAAACCAAAAUUUACCUUUUUUGAACUUUUGAAAGUCACAUAAGACAAAAAAGUGUUUUUAAUACAGAAACGUUUUGGUAUGUCAUACAAAAUCACAAGAAAAACUCGUAAGCAGAUUAAGCCACCUGUACUCAAACAUGGAAAGUUCAGUGGAAGGAAAAACUGAGGUAGAGAGACAAACUUAAAAUUACCUGCAAUAAUCACUUGUAAUAUGUCUCCCUGUAUGUAGUGAAUCAACAUAAUACCUUAGUUUAAUUUGCUGAGAUGCACCUGUAUUAUAUGGGUUUAUCUUUAUAUUUCAGACACUUUUUACGUUACACACGGUGUCCCAACUCUUACGGAACUGGGGUCGCACAUUGGUUGGCGUUCAAACAAAGCAGGUUGUGUCCCGUCAGGUUAGGAGCGUCAGCCUGCUCGACUGGGAAGAAAAGCGUGCCACAAGUGUUGAAAACACACGAAACACCUGCCAGCCUACGAAGCUGUACAUUUUUACACUAGAGAUUUUAAACUGAUGAUUGUAUCAAAGUCAUUAACUUUAUAAGUGUUAGUUUUUACAAAUGAAACAUGUUGACAGUAUUUAAAGCAGGCGUUUUCAUAGGUUUCUGUGCAGCGUAGAGAGCAGCCCUUUGCUAACCCCGAUAGCGGAGAAUGUUUGUAUUUUCAUGACUUUCAUCUCUUUCUAUACCAAGUACGUUUGGAGUCUACAGCGCGUAGAGAGACCAGGCAGUUAGCGAGCACUACAACAGAUAAUUUGCUUCCUGGUUAGGCAGUUGUAGGAAACAAUAGUCUAAACAGUAUUUCUUUUUUUUAGGUAGUAAGCUUUAUCAAUCGGCCUUACAUAUGAUAGGUUUGAGCCUCGUGUUAAAGGACUAUUGUGCUGUUUUUUUGUUUUGUUGGAUGCUGACCUUCAAACUGUUGUUUGUUUUUCACCCCUAAAGAAAUCAGAUUGGGUUUCAACUAGAAAAUAAUGUGUUUUUUUAGCAGCAUUUUUAGCUGUUAACCUUCUGUCAUUUAGGAUUCCUAAAUCAAAAAUAUGUUUGAAUUUCUAGUGUAAAAGAAUACCCUUCACAUGAUGAAAAUGCCAUCUAUAUCUUAUCAUUUAAACAUUUCUUACCUUUUGCAUAUUGAUUCUGACAUGCUGAAAAAACAGUAAGGAUCUCCUGGCAUUUUGUGGACCUUUCCAAAAAACUUCAAAUUUAUUUAUUUUUUUUACUUUGUUAAACAUUUUGGUUUCCAAAGAGUAAAAGGUCCCAAAAAGUGAAACUGAUCCAUCUACAUCACAUCAUCUAAGCUCUUGGGAUAUGGACCAAAAGAAUGAAAUCCUGGAUACAAAUGACGGAAAUGAGCUUCCGUUGCGAGAUACUUUGAAAAAUAAAAAUUUACUUUUCUAUUAGCAAUUUUUAAUAAUGCAUCCUUAAUUUUCAAGAUCUUUCAUUUUUUGAAAAUAUUCAAAAUCGUGAUUGAAAAUUUUACAACAAUGCAAAGGACAUUUUUUACCAUUCAUUUAGUCUUUGUAAAAAAAAAGAAAGAAAAAAACUCACCGAGCUUCAAGUAUUUUUCUUCUUAUUGCAGAAAAGCUUUUGACAAAUGAUGCAUUGGUGGCAUUUUCAUCAUGGAUUCUUUAAAACUUUUUUUAGACCCACAUCUCCCAGUCUGAGGCGUCAGCUAGUUGAAUUCAGCACUGUGGCUCAACACAGGAUAGACAACAGCGCCACUUGGUGUUAAGUGUGUUAGUUGGCAGGGGAGUUCCUGCUUUCAUUUAAUAAUGCUGAUACUGCCUUCAUUCUUGUUAAUGUAGUCUCUCGGUUUCAGUGUCGUGCAAAUGUCUAAAGAUAUAUUUAUUCUUUAAAUGUGUCAAGAACAAGUACUGUAAGACAAUGACUGAUUUUAUGUUCCAGAGCCUAAAAACAAGUAUGCUUUACUUGUAUGUACUCGUCUGCCACUCCAAUGUUUGUUUUUGUCAGAACUUAUUUUGCUUUUGAAGCCAAAAGAUUCUCGGGAGUUCAGGGUGUUAUGUGAAAAAUGCCAAUAAAUUAAAUGGAAAUUUA